AGUAUGGAUGGGUGCAGAAGAAUGAGAUGAGUAGAGAAUUUUGAUGAUCAUGACAGAAUAUUUUAUUUAGAGAGUGAAUUUGGAGUACGACGAGUGCGGAUAGGCUAAACGCCCCCAAUCUCAGCGCCGCCGCCAUCCCUGUCGUUCUUCGCUCUCCGCCGUUGCAGCCGCGGCCUCCUCGUCGGCUACCCACCGCAACCUUCCCCGCCGCUACACCGGAGGCGGCGCUAUGUCUCAGAACAACCCCUCCCAGCUCCUCCCCUCAGAGCUGAUCGACCGGUGCAUCGGCUCCAAGAUCUGGGUCAUCAUGAAGGGGGACAAGGAGCUCGUCGGCACCCUCUGCGGCUUCGAUGUCUACGUCAACAUGGUGCUGGAGGACGUCACCGAGUAUGAAUACACGGCUGAAGGGCGCCGCAUUACAAAACUUGACCAGAUCCUCCUCAACGGCAACAACAUAGCCAUUUUGGUUCCUGGUGGUUCACCGCCUGAUGUGUAAUGAGCUUGCACUUCGCAGAGGAGUAACCAUUUGAAGGCGAAAGCAGCUUGGUGAACUUGGCACCUUAUAUUGGUCUAUCACUGAAUGUUUUCUCAGCUCAAAUGUGUUUCACCUGUUCGUGAUUGUAACAAAGUUUAUUAGCAACUCUGUCAACAUGGAAGCUCUCAUUGAACUUACUGAUCUGGUGUAGAGGGCUUGCGUAGUUGUGCUUAUAUGAUUGGCUAUGCUAAUUCUGAUGUGUUUCUGGGCUGUAGUUGUUUAACGCUCAUCAUCAUCAUCAUCGUGCUGCAACAUGAAUUUAAGUAAUGGGUUAUGCUGCAA